CACUGCUGUCGCAUCUUUACAAUAUACGAGUUACUGCCGGUAGGAAGACAUUAUUUACAGGUCGACAACAAUAAGGACAGAAAUUACUUUUACCUGUUUCCUGCCUUUCGCUCCCGGUAGUAAAAACCGACAUGAUAUAAAAGUCAGCAGCUGUUGGCGAUCUCGUUUGUAUUAAUUUCAGUGCUGGUUAUAAGGACAGUGUUACAUCGCGGCGCUACAGCCACUGCACUACGGAGAGGGGCGGGUUAAAAAGAGCAUACCUGUCCGAAUACCUUUUCAAAUUAAAUCUGAGCCUUAUUCAAAUCACCCCGAAGAAGAGAGAUGGCGAAGGAGGAGAAGGGGAAUUGAAGACGUGAGCUGAGUUUGAUGGCCACGACUGUGUUCGGGGCUUUUAAAGGGGGUUGCCGACCACUGUUGUUGCAAUGGAUCAAGAACCAAAGCACUGAAUUUGGCAUUUUUUCCACACUUAUAUGGUACAAUUGAGAGGUUCAUACAGGCGCGUAAAGCAGACUUGAUCCCUUGCAUUUUGGCGUCGGAUCUAAGCGGAGCCGAAGCGAUUUAAAGGGAAGCCAUGCCCCUCCACCACGUCACGGCCGGGCUGCUCUACAAGGGCCACUACCUGAGCAGCUCCCUGUCCGAAGGCAGUGACAGCGACCAGCUGGCCAACAUCUCAGCCGAGGAGCUGGGCGAAAUCCGUGAAGCGUUCCGCGUGCUGGAUCGCGAUGGCAAUGGGUUCAUCUCCAAACAGGAGCUGGGAAUGGCCAUGCGAUCGCUGGGGUACAUGCCCAGCGAGGUGGAGUUGGCCAUCAUCAUGCAGAGGCUAGACAUGGACGGGGACGGCCAGGUGGACUUCGAUGAGUUUGUGACCAUUCUGGGGCCGAAAUUGCUAUCAUCGGGGACACGGGACGGUUUCCUAGGCAACACCAUAGACAGCAUUUUCUGGCAGUUUGACAUGCAGCGUCUGACACUGGAGGAGCUGAAGCAUGUUUUGUUCCAUGCCUUCCGAGACCAUCUGACUAUGAAGGACAUUGAGAACAUCAUCAUGACAGAGGAGGAGAGUCUGAAGGACAAUGCGGGAGGCUGCCAGGCCGAUUUCGAAGGAGUCCACCCUAAGAAGAAGAACCGACAGACGUGUGUGAGGAAGAGCCUCAUCUGUGCCUUCGCAAUGGCCUUCAUCAUCAGCGUCAUGCUCAUCGCCGCCAACCAAAUGCUGAGGAAUGGUAUGGAGUGACCACCGGAUUGGGGGGAGGGGGGCACACUUGGCAAGAGGAAGAUCCCAGCCAGUGAGGUCACUUCCUGUUUUUGAAGGAACAUUAUCAAUAGACCAAGAAAAAAAAUCUUCAAAAGGGAAAAA